GGAGGCCGCUGAGGGCACUGCUUCCUCCUCUCUCUCUCUCCCUGCCCUGCUCGGGGUUGGCUGCGUGCAGGGAGCUGGGAUCUGCCGAGAUCUGCUGAGGUGCGUGUGUCCCACCCACCGGGAACAAGUCCUACCAGCCCAGCCUGGCCCAGAGCAGGCAGAAGCAGGCUUGGAGCAGCGGCUGAGCCACAGUGGCGAGCACAGGUCUCCACUGCGGCCGAUGAAGCUCUGACCAAAGGCAUCUGAUCCUUCACAGCUGUCCGUCCUGCAGCCACAGCCCACAGGCCUAUGCCCGGCCCGCACUUGCUCUGGGACUCUGUGCAGCCUCCAGGCCCCUGACCUGGAGACUGGAGAUGAACGCGAAGCCAGGACGCGGGUGCGCCCCCGUGACGCCCCCGGCCUAGCUCCUCCUCGCCCUUGGGCACGAUGCUGGCCAACUCCUCGGCCAACGACUCUGAUCUCAGGUGCCCGGACCACCAGCCCAUCCACCGCCUGCACUUGGUGGUCUACAGCCUGGUGCUGGCUGCAGGGCUCCCCCUCAACGCGCUGGCCCUCUGGGUCUUCCUGCGCGCGCUGCGCGUGCACUCGGUGGUGAGCGUGUACAUGUGCAACCUGGCGGCCAGCGACCUCCUCUUCAGCCUCUCGCUGCCCUUGCGCCUCUCCUACUAUGCGCAGCACUACUGGCCCUUCUCGGACCUCCUGUGCCAGCUGGCGGGCGCCGUCUUCCAGAUGAACAUGUACGGCAGCUGCAUCUUCCUGACCCUCAUCAACGUGGACCGCUACGCCGCUAUCGUGCACCCGCUGCGGCUGCGCCACCUGCGGCGGCCCCGCGUGGCGCGGCUGCUCUGCCUGGGCGUGUGGGCGCUCAUCCUGCUGUUCGCCGUGCCCACCGUCCUGGUGCACCGGCCCUCGACCUGCACCCGCGACGGCCGCCGGGUGCACCUGUGCUUCGAGAACUUCAGCGACGAGCUGUGGAAGGGAAGGCUGCUGCCGCUCCUGCUGCUGGCCGAGGCGCUCGGAUUCCUGCUGCCCCUGGCAGCCGUGGUCUACUCUUCGGUCCGCGUCUUCUGCACCCUGGCGCGGCCCUACGCCACGCGGAGCCAGCAGCGGCGGAAGACGGUGCGCCUCCUGCUGGCCAGCCUGGUCAUCUUCCUGCUGUGCUUCGUGCCCUACAACGCCACGCUGGCCGUGUACGGGCUGCUGCGCGGCCACGUGGUGCUGGCCAGCCCGGCGGCGCGCAACCAGGUGCGCGGGGUGCUGAUGGUCAUGGUGCUGCUGGCCGGCGCCAACUGCGUGCUCGACCCGCUGGUGUACUACUACAGCGCCGAGGGUUUCCGCAACACCCUGCGCGGCCUGAGCUCUCCGCUCCGGGCCAGGACCUCGGCCACCAAAGGGUCUCGGGGGGCACCCGCCGAGCCGCCCGCUGAGACCUCCCACGCCACCGUGCCGGCCGCCGCCAGCCAGGGGCUGCUCCGGCCCUCCGACCCCCGGGGCUCCUUCACCCGGUGCCCCGAGGACUCGUCCCUCUGAACGCACGUCGUGCCAGAGCGCGGUCCCCUCACCCCACCCUCGCGCCUCUCGCACUCGCAGACACGCAGGGGGUGCACAGGAGGGCUGUGGGUUGGGCAUUUGGGCUUCUGAGCGGCAGCUCCAGCUCACAGAUGCAGAAGGGAACAAAGUGUGGGGGGCAGGGGCACGGGGAAGGAAGAGCGCGGCUGCAAAUGUCUUUAACUAGGUGGUGAUGGCGAGCGCAUAAGGACCCCUUCCUUAGUACCUAGGAAGUGCUGCUGUGAGCCUGCUCGUGCAGAGGCGGGAGACUGGAUGAAAUGCCCUUGGCGGGGCAGGAAACACGGCCAUAGCUGGUAGCUGGAGCAGAAGAUGGGUGUCCUGCCUUUACACCGACCGCAGCAGUCUUCGGGCCAUGGACGCCACCCACUCCCCUUUCCACCUGGUCUCUGCCUGCCCAGCACUGAGGCCUAAUGCAAAAGCGUAUUGGAUGCCGGCUGAAUUGGUUUCCUUCUUGUCUAGUGACUUUUAACAAUUUAGAUCUGACGCCCAGCGUGGGUGGGUGGGGGCAGAGGGGGUUUUCUUCCAAGUUCCUGGUCACUGUUCCCCUUUCUAGGUCCUGCCUUACCCUUCCACCUCACCCACCCUUUCAAAAGCUCCUCCAUUCUAGAUCCUAAAUCCACGCCCCCCCCCCCACCGUGUGUGUGCGUCUCUGCUGCUUCAUCUAGAAUAAGGAGAACAUUCUCUGUACUAAAGUAGUAGUUCUCCAAUUUUUGGGUCUCAGACCAUUUCAUACUCUUAAAAAUGGAGAAUUCCAAAGAGAGUUUGCUUAUGCUUUGUUCUUUUGAUACCUGACCAUAUUAGAAAUCAAAAAUAGUAAGUUUUUUAAAACAGAAAUACCCAAGCACACAUUCCAAUAGCUAUGAGAGCAAGUGUCAUCACACUUCAUGAAGACUCUGGAAAACUCCACCUUCUACUCGUGAGACAAGGAGUGAAAAGGACAAAUGACAUCUUAGUAGUAGUAGUAUGAAAACGGUUUUGAUCUCGUGGACUUCCUCAAAGAAUCCAUCCCCAGAUCACACUUGGAGAGCCAUACCUGUACUGAAGUAUUAGAGUCGUGUGUAAAGUCUUCCCAGGCCAUUAUGUACAUUGUUUUUACCGCUGCAAGGAGGGGGCAAUGCUCAGCAAAUCAAUUGCUAAUUGUAGUCCGUAAGGCUUGGGGUUUUCUGGAGGGGCGGGCGGGUAGGAGCUGCACACCCAGUGAACACUACCUGGAGCUUCCUGGAGCUGCAGCGGGAGGUGGGGCUAGAACUAGUUGCACAAAUACUCUGGAGGAGGUGGAGGGCUUCUCUGGGCAGGGAAAAGGGAACUGUGCCAGAGCCAGGCAAGAAGUUUAUGGGAAAGUUAAGAGUGCGAUGGACGGGAGGACAGGAGUAGGCUGACUGCUCUGGGCAAGCUGGAGGUAAGGAGAUGGAAGUCUGGUUUACAGGCCACCUACUGUUUUCCCUCUUUAGCAGAGUCGGGGCUGGGAGGAAUGGUGGAGUUGGCACUAUGACAUCUUGAGACCCUGACAUUAGUGAGAUUCGUGAGGGAGUUGGUGCUAUGCACAUGUCCUGCAUGCAUUUCUGUCCCUAUGUCUCUCAAUGCUGUAUAUUUCUGUGUAUGUGCGUGUGUGUGUGACAGUGUCAGAGUUUUCCCGGGUGUGUCUCUGUGUGUUUUAGUUCGGACUAAGCCUUUUGUGUGUCUUUAUGUGAUCGCUCCAGAUGGUGAUUUACAAGGGUAAAAUGACCCCUGGUGGCCAAACCGGAGAACUGACCCAGAUUCCUCAGUGGUAGCCGUGAAGUCGGGCUUUCCUCCGUCUGGCCGGUUAGAGCCCUCACCUCCUGCUGCUCUAGAGGGGGUUUGAUGGUUAGCACCUGCUCCAUCUUGCUCCAUCCUUAGGGUUCAGGACCCGUGCCCUUCCAGCCCUGGGGGCACCAAACGUCAUCACCGUCCAAAGUCUCAGGGCUUUGCCCUAUCCAAACUGAAGAGAAUACAAUUUUUAAAAAUUACUUGAGUAUUUUUAUAUGAAGAUAAUGUGAAUGAAUUCCAAAGUAAUUAAAACUCACAUAGCAAGUUUCUUCUAACAUACUAUAUAAUUUACUUAUUUAUUUAUUAUAACUUUUAUAGUUUA